UAACGGGCAACAUACGCUUCACUCUCCGCACUCGUCGCGUUUGCGCUGUUCAGCUGUCCGUGACGGGUCUGGGAAGGCGAAGCCGGGGAUCGUCGGCUGUUGACGUCAUGGUCGUAGUCCGUCGGACCGUAUCUGUUGUGUUUUGUUGGGUCCCAAGAAUGUGAUGUGCACACCGGUGCUGUAGCCUGUGCCAGGCUGCGAUCUUCGUGUGGGAACGUGUGUGUGUGUUUGCCUGUGUGCAUCGCGUGCUUGUGUGCGCGCGUGUGCCAUGCCGGGGUGUGCCGUCUCCUGAGGAGCAAUGUUCCGCUGUAUUCCACUAUUCCGUGGGUGCAACCGUCAAGUCGAGUACAUCGACAAGAGACACAGUAACUUGUUCAGUAUACCGGACGAUGUGCUGAGGUACGCGAGGACGUUAGAAGAGCUGCUUCUAGAUGCCAAUCACAUUCGCGACCUGCCGAGAGGUCUUUUUCGACUCACGAAGUUGCGGAGGUUAAGUGUCAACGACAAUGAAAUCUCCCAGCUUCCUGCGGACAUUGCCAACUUGAUGAAUCUGGUCGAUUUGGAUGUGAGCAAAAACGAUAUUCAAGAAAUACCGGAGAACAUAAAGUACCUCAAGUCCCUCCAGAGCGCAGAUUUCAGCAGCAAUCCACUUUCUAAACUUCCUGCUGGUUUUGUACAGCUUCGAAGCUUAACAGUAUUGGGUCUUAAUGAUGUCUCUUUAACGCAAUUGCCCCAUGACUUUGGCAGUUUAUCAAAUCUCGUAUCCUUGGAACUGCGGGAAAACUACUUGAAAGGGUUGCCACUCUCGUUUGCAUUCCUUGUAAAACUUGAGCGGCUAGAUCUCGGCAGCAAUGACUUUGAAGAGCUGCCUGUCGUUGUGGGGCAACUCUCCAGCCUCCAGGAGCUGUGGCUUGACUCUAACGAGCUUUCUACACUGCCUAAGGAAAUCGGGCAGCUGAGGCGGCUCAUGUGCCUUGAUGUGUCUGAGAACAAGCUGAGCUACCUUCCAGAUGAGCUUUGUGACCUGGAGUCUUUGACAGACUUGCACUUCUCCCAGAAUUAUCUGGAGGCCCUUCCUGAAGACAUCGGCCGGCUAAGGAAGCUCACUAUCUUCAAGGUUGACCAGAACAGGCUGGGGAGCCUGCCAGAGUCAAUUGGAGACUGUGUGAGCCUGCAGGAGUUGAUCUUGACAGACAACCUACUGACGGAGCUACCUGCAUCGAUAGGGCGACUGGUGAACUUGAACAACCUGAAUGCAGACUGCAACCAACUGUCAGAGCUGCCAGCCGAGAUCGGUCAGCUAGUGCGGCUGGGUGUGCUGUCACUGCGUGAGAACUGCCUCCAGAGGCUGCCGCCUGAGACUGGCACGCUGCGGCGGCUGCAUGUGUUGGAUGUGUCUGGAAACAGGCUACAAAAUCUGCCUCUGACAGUGACUGCAUUGAAUUUAAAGGCACUCUGGCUGGCCAAGAACCAGUCUCAGCCCAUGCUCAAGUUCCAGACCGACUUGGAUGAAGCCACGGGUGACAAAGUGCUGACAUGCUUUCUGCUGCCACAGCAGGAUGACCAUACAGAAAGCAUGGAAAAUCUGCUGCGAGACAGUACAGAACAGGACAGUCGGUUGAGCUGGGACCAAAAGGCUGAGAACCGCUCGUCAGCUGUGAAGUUUGUCGAGGAGGCUGUUGAGGAGAAACCAGACAAGGAACUUGAAACUCAAUUUGUUCGACAUGACACUCCUCACCCAAAAGAGCUGAAGGCACGGCACCAGAAGUUUGUACAGAAGGCCAAAAACAUUGAUGGUCAUGUGAUGUCACAUUCGGAUGAGGAUGGGGAAGUUGGUGUGUACCGACCACAUCGAGCCAGCACUGGAUCCAUGCAAUCGGCAUCAUCCAUUGAGACAGCACCUUGCCAGUCACGAGAAGGGGAGCCCAUUGGCCGACCUGGGAGUGUAAGCGACCAGGAACCUGAUGGCCGACCCACGUCUGUUUCUGAGGAGGAAGCACAGCACAUGGCACGGGUUGCCCACAACGGAAUGGCCCCAACGUCCCAGGGUGGCGGCAGCCCCGACUCUUCAGGGGACGAGGAUGACAACGAAAAGGAAUCUGACCGACAUGUGGCAUUCACACAUGAUGGGCCUGAAGAACCAGGAGAUCGACAGAAUCGACUUCAUCGGCGUGACACUCCUCACCAUCUCAAGAACAAGAGGAUCCAUGUAGGCAGCACUCGUGAGGAGCAGGAGAAGGUGGCAUCCAUAUUGAUGCAGGCCCUUCAUAGGCCCGAAGGCGAAGAACCAUUGCCACCGCCUCCGCCUUCACCACCACGAGAGCGCCAAGCAAUUGAUUCUGAAUCGGAGAUGGACGGGGCAAACACAUCGUUUGGAGAAAGUGUUCCACGUGCUGCAGUUGUGGAGGAGCACAUGAGGAUAUGUGUGGAAAGGAAUGCUUUGGGUCUUGGGCUGAGUGUGGCUGGUGGGAAAAAUUCGACACCGUUCAAAGGGGAUGAUGAGGGUAUAUUUAUUUCUAAGAUAACCGAAGGGGGACCAGCGGAACGGGCAGGGCUGAGAGUCGGCGACAAGAUUCUCUCUGUGAACAAUGCAUCUGUGGUGGACAUUGAUCAUUACGAGGCUGUGAAUACACUCAAGGCAGCAGGAAACAAGAUCUCCCUGCUUAUAGCACGAGAAGUUCAGCGACCCACAUCUUCCUUGGCGAGGGAGCCAGUAACAGCUGCAGCAGUACCGUCUAAGGUGCCACUGCAGCAGGUGCACUCUGAGCCUCUUCGUACUUUGGAGGAAGAGCCGCUUCCUUCUUCGAGAACAUCUCCUGUAUCAGUGCCCCAGCAGAGGGUGCGACAGCCUGCUGCCAGUGGAGGACCCCAGAACCUGCUGGCUCCCUUGCCGCAGGGAGACGGUGACCUGCGCUCACUCCCUACGACACCAGAGCCACGCACACCUGAGCCAGACUUUGAGACCAAACGAGAGAUCAUCUAUACUACAUUGAUUAGGGACCACAAUGGCCUGGGGUUCAGCAUAGCUGGAGGCAAAGGAGGAACACCAUACAAAGACGGAAGCCAAGGCAUCUUCAUAUCACGGAUAGCAGAGGGGGGAGCGGCCGCGCGAGAUGGCAAGCUGCGUGUCGGCGACCGUGUUCUCUCUAUCAACGGCAUCGACAUGGACGGAGUGCGGCAUGAUCAGGCCGUGGCCAUGCUCACGGGACUUGAACGCUUUGUACGACUGGUUGUGCAAAGAGAGGAACUGGUGCUGAGAGACCCCAACGCUAGGUCCCAGCAGCAGCCAUCACUGCCCACUGCUACGACCCUGACCACAUCUGCAACGACGACAACUAGCAGGCCUUACGGUGGAAGUCUGUACUCCUCCUCAUCGUACAUGGCCAACCGGCCGUCAUAUCUGGGUGGAUACAAGAGGCCCGGACCCAUCAGCAGUGUGGGAAGUGCUGGUGAUGACGCAGCUGCUGGUGACAAGCAGCCUGCAGGCACAAAGACCACAUACUCCAUCUACACCAAACUACCAGGGCUGAGGAACGACACGACCACCUUGACGGGGAGUGUGCCACACCCAGUCCUCUCACACCAGCCAUAUUCCUUUCCCAGUGCACAGAGAGAUCCACCCCUACCCGCAGCACACCCUUCAGAGCCCAUCUAUGCCAAUAGUGGAGAGCAUGGUGGGCUUGGCACCUCGUUGUCAUCAUUUCGUCCUGCUCGUGUCAUGCCAAAUGCCAUUGGCAAUGGCUUCCCACCAGCAGCAGGGGGCGUGCAGACAGUCACUCCAAACCCAUCAUCAUCACCGUCAACCCAGCGGUUGAAAGGUCCCCUGGUGACAGUGACAAUUCAGCAGCCAGAUCCCUACUUGCCUCUGGCCACUGAGUUCCCCCCAGCACCAAAGACCCUGGGACGCACGACUGAGGUGAUCACACGAACGACUUUAACCGAGACGACGACAACGCGGGUCACCAACAAUGUCCUGUCACUCACACCUGGCUCAGAAGAGGAUGUUACGCUUGUGAAAGCUGGUGGCCCCUUGGGCUUGAGUAUUAUUGGUGGCACGGAUCACCCUUGCCAUCCAUUCGGUGCUGAUGAGUUUGGUAUCUUUGUGUCUAAGAUUGUGCCAGAAGGAGCAGCGUCGAGGUGUGCAAGGCUACGAGUGGGUGACCGCCUGCUCAAGGUCAACGGUAUAGACGUGACCAAGUGCACACACCAGGACGCGGUGAUGGCCUUGCUGGACCCAUCGUACCAGGUGGUCCUCACCGUCCGCCACGACCCACUCCCAACGGGCUGGCAGGCUGAGCCACUAGCUGUAACUGAGCUUGUGAUUCAGCGAGAACCAGGAGAGAAGCUGGGGAUGAACAUCAAGGGAGGUGUUCAAGGGCACUCUGGUAACCCGGCCGAUCCGACCGAUGAAAGCAUCUUUAUUUCAAAGAUCAACACGAAUGGUGCAGCACUUAGGGAUGGCAGGCUCAAGCCGGGCAUGCGAAUUAUUGAGGUGAAUGGCCUGUCUUUGCUGGGAGCUACACACCAGGAGGCUGUGAACAUUCUGAGGACUGCCGGCGACACCAUACGGCUCGUGGUCUGCGACGGCUACAAUGCUGCCACGACUCCGGGUGGUGACUCUCCUAGCCAGGGAGGCUCGCUGAAGACUGCCGCCUCUGUGUCCUCCAUCGAUCACGAGGAUGAGGUGACGCUUGCCUUGAGAGAGGAGCAAAGUGCACUCAGAGAAACAGCGCAGUGGGAAAAAGAGGACCGCGAUACCAUAGAAAGGCUGAAGAAGGAGAGGGAUGCAGACACGCACAGCUUGCACAGCUUCACCUCUGUCUCCUCACAGCACUCGGGCAAAGCACUGGCCACCCUGCCCACUGACGGCAAGGCAGUGGCGUUGCCUGCAGACAGUAAGUCAGUGGAGCAGCGUGUCAUGGAAGUGGUCCGAGCCGCUGAGCAGCUUGUGAGUCCUGCCCUGGCCGCAGCUGCUACUUCAGUGACGCCACCAGCCACUUCUGUGCCUGUAGGCGAGCAGAAGACUACAACCGUUAUCAUGACCAAGAAGUCAGUCAGCCACCCACCAGCUUCAGCAACAGCCACGCUCACCAGGAGUGACCGGCCGCAGGUAUCGCCUCCUCCUCCUCCCCCACCUGCAACAACCUCCUCUGCCCCCUCAACCCUACAGCACCACCCCCCUCCCACUCACUCUGGAAAUGACAUCUUCCUCCCCCCUUCCCCACCUCGGGACGAUCACAAUGGUGGUGGUGGUGGUGGUGGCGGCAGCCCUGUGGAGAAUGGUGGGACGCUCCCUCCUUGCGCCUCUUCUCUCCUGCCGGAGCCCUCUCGGCCCAGCAAACCUUCCAAACUUAGCCUGGGUCCUAAGCCUGUUCCCCCUCCCAAGCCCAGAAAGCUCCAGGGCUUGGUGACUGAGCCCGAGUCACUGACCUUCAUUGAGAAGAAGCACCACUUUGAAAGCAUGCAGCAGCAGCAGCAACAGGGCUCAUUUCAUGGCACCCAGGCAUCAGAGGCAAAGCGCUUCAGCUUCUUGUCCGAAAGUGAACUGCAGAAACUGCGCGAGGAGCAGGAAAGCAAGCAUGAGGGCAGGUGGUCUCGCCAGGAGGAAAGUUGUGAAGAGGAGGAGGGCGAUGAGGACGAAGUUGAUGAUGAUGUUGACAUGCCUCCCGCAGGUGCACAACAUCUGGCUGAAACUGAAGUGGACAGCCCCAUGUCAGUGGAGACUGAGCUUGUGCGGCAAGUGCCCAUACCAGCAGUGCGCACCCUGAAGGCUGAGCGGCGCCUACAGGAGCGCCAACUGCAGCAGCCUGAUGAGGAAGAGGACAAGGAGGUCCAUCCUGUAGGCCUCGUAGAUGUUGAGCAGAGGGCGCUAGAGGCCGAGAAGAGGGCAGCAUGGCGACAGGCCAGAAUGAAGUCACUGGAAGAAGAUGCAGUGCAGGCUCAAGCCAUGCUGGCUCGAAUGACAGAGGGCAUAGAGGCCAGGCCUGCGUCACCCAUUUUUAAGGCUGUCAACAUCAACAUCGAUGAAGCAGCUGAGCAGCAGAUACCAAGGGAGCAGACGAGGAGAGGUGACGAUGAAAAUAGCAACAACCUGGAACAUCCAGAACUUGACACCGACAGGGAGCAGAGCUUGGGGCACAAGGCGCUGCUCGGCGACGAAGAGCUGCCUCGGCUGGUGCUGACGCUGCGCGACGGGCAGACAUGCACGGUGGAGCGGGAGCACGUCGUGGACGAGACGGUGUCCCGCCGCAUUGAGCGAGUCAUCGAUCCCCACACUGGGGAGGCCCGCCUGCGCACACUCGAGUUUGUUGAGAAAGUGGUCGAGAAAGAGAUUGAGACAACAACUGAGAAGAUCCUUUCUCUGGAGCUACAUGGGAGGCACGAAGAUGCCACCAAUGACAACGCACGGUGGCCGACUAGCACCCAGGGUGUCCGGAGCAUCUCUGGUACGCACCCUUACUGCUGACAAGGGAACUGCGAGGAUGAGGCCGUCGGCGACGAAGGAGACCUUCCUUCACCCACGUCCGACCAAGGGCCAGCACUAGCCAAGAAGAAGAAACGGAGGCGGUCCAAGCGCAGAUGAGGCUGCCAUUGCACCAACAAGCGGCUGCUGCCAGUUAGGAGAGAGAGAAGGCACCGGUUGUCACACCUCGAGCCGUCUGUUCCUCCUCCCCAUCCAGCACCCCUCCCCCCCCCUUUUCAUCACAUCACCAUGUGCAACUGAAACACUGUGUGUUUUGCAUCCAUUCCGUCCUCCCCUCAUGUUUCUGUUUUGCCGUUGCAGCUUCAUUGAGCACGCGAGGUGCAUGUGUUUACAUAGUGAGGCAGGUUCUCGCAAGCAGUCUCAGUGGUAUGUGACGCACUGUGUGGUAGUGUGGACGAGGGCGAGCAGUGUGUGCUUGCAAACCUGACUUGGCUAUUCUCCCACUGUAACCUCAGCUCUCUCAUGGUGGAUAUUUUGUUGUUGGCGUGACUUGUUUUGCUUGAGCACUUCCCCACAAGUGGUAACCCGUUAAUUUUCUACCGUCUUUCAUUUCUUGUUGCUGAGAUAGUCUGAAUGGUGCCCCACCAUUCAUUAUCUAUAGUGCCUUUUAUAGACCUAUAAGUAUUCAAAUAGUAAUAAGGGCCGUUGAUCAUUUGCCCUCAUGUAAUGUUUCAACCACGACCCAGCAAUUGCAGUUUUGCAGGAAAUUUACAAAUUGCCCUUAAGCUUAGCACAUCUUUCAUUUGUGCUACAGGAGUGGGUAAAUUCUGCCCACAGUGGUCAUAUACUAAUGCCGAAUGCAGACUGCAUGCAUGGUAUGAAUUCAGCCACCUUGUUUUUAUUGAUGUUUUACCAAUUUUGCAGUUGGCUAUCCUAGCUAUCUGCUAGCAUGGCCUUUAUUCAAAAAAUACAGCCUAUAUUAUACCAUGUCGCACCAGUGCCAGGUGUGCUAGCUUUCAGUGGCAGGCUGUCAUGCUAUUUGAGAAUUCAAAAUUGUGUUUGGCUAGCCAUUUACCAUCAUCUGCAUAAAAUGACGGUUCUUUAUUGCCACUGUUGGUGGCAGUCCUUAAUUCUUAUGGAAUUCUCUUUAUUUUACCUUUUUGUCCUUGUCCUUUUGGUGUGCCUAGUAGCAGUGCAUCGUGCUCUCCCGGCAGCGUCGCAGCCUGGCGUUGCAGACGGGAGCUGCCCGCAUGAGGGACUCUGUCCUGUCCUAUACUUUGCAGGUGUCUGAGACAAAGUGUUGUUGGCAGACAGAUAGAAAGGCUUGACUGUAUGAUGGCACAGUUCAAAAUUAGGAAAAUAGAAUACUAUCUUAAAUAAAAGCUCCGACUGAAUAUUUGAGAAAAGUUAUUACUUACCUACCUUCUUUCAAGUUUAUUUUUCUUUAUUUAUAAUCACUACCAAACCUCAACAGAUUUCCCUAAGUUUACUGUGCUCUGCUUCACCAUCCAAUAGCAUAGACCCUUGCAUGCCACCAUUGUUCAUGGCUUCUUCAAAACAAGCUGCUGGAAUGAAAUGCCUUGCAGAAUUUGAAUUUGUAGAGCAGGGAAGACAGGCCAGUUAUAAAGUUGUAGCAUGAGCUGCUUAACUGAUUAAAAGGCUGCAGUUCUACAGUUCCCUGCGCUGGCGUUACAGGGUCACACCUUUUUCUUCCUUUCUUUCCCUUAGAUCGCAUGUUACCAUUUCGCUUAAAAAGUGAAGGCAGUUUCAUUACCUGCAGCAGUGGCACAAGCUAGUAUGUUUGCCAGUGUUAUUGGGAUUGAUCAAACCAACCGUUGACUUGCAACUUCUGUGCAUGAGUAUAUUAUCUCCAUUUGUGAGCUGGUUGCUCCUCAUGCAAGCUGUGUCCCGACCUUCAGACCUCUCUGUGCCAAGUUGCACGGCACUCAUUGUUGCUCCAUUUUCUGUCUUAGCUUCUAGCAAAUGUUGAUUUCUCUGCUUUGUAAAAAGAGAGACGCAUGCUGAUUGCACACCAUGCAUGUUUUAUUCCUCACAGUGUGACUAUUUAUUCUUCAUCAAGCGCUCGGCAUUUGUGAGUUGCGCCCCCUUUAAUUUAUCUGCCGAGCUGUAGCAUAGGCCUUUGGGCACGAACAAUGCCUUAGAUAUGAGUUGCAUGCUAAGCACAGCUCGUUUUUAUUAUUGAAUUCUUAAGCAUAGUAACUAGAGUUGCAUGAACUUGUGUUCAGGAAGCAACCUUUUGUUUUUUAUUAUGCCAUACCAUCACUCCAAUAAUUGGUGUAACACCAAGAAACUGUCAUUUUAUUUUUUAUCUUGCCCUAGCCUAUAGAUAUAGAAAGCAUGGGGAAACUUUUCAAAAGAGAAGUUCUCAAAUUUCCUUGUUAAAAGCUGAGAACGACGUGCCUGGCAUAGCGUGAUCCUGUACAACACUGCGGGCAGUGAAAAACAGUUGUACUUCCAACGUGAUGCCCUUUGCCACUUGCAAGUGUUCAUUUCUUGUGGUUGCAUUUGGUGACAGCUUUUUUCUUUUUCCUUAAGUGGUUGAGGUUGCAUCUCACUUGCAAGUGUAGAGUUUUUACUCUCACUCUUCUUUACCAUGUUCUGUAAUAAUCAACUGGACCUUCAUGCUAUUGUUAUAAUGCUUCAACAUUUAAGUUGUGCUUGUUUGGACACUGUAAUAGUGUGGACUGUUCCCUCGUGUUUGAAACAUUCCCCUUUGAGAUGCGCUUGAAUGUUGUGAUGAAAGACAAAAAUCUUGCCACCACAUCUUUGUUUUCUGCUGUCUUUUGUGGCUUGAUUCUUUGCCGCUCUGGCGGUGUUCGAGUGCUCUUCAGAGGCAAAGGUUUGCUGCCUCCGCAUUGACCACUUCUGCUCCCUGACAACGUUAAUCACACUAUGGAAUGUUGACAGUUGAUGUGCUCCUUCUGCACUCCCGCACUUUAUGCUUCCAACUGCCACCACAUGGCCGUGUCUUUGGUGCUUGUUAUAGACUACAUCAUAUAUUGUUGCUUUGUUUCUGAAUGGUGUGGAUGACACAUCUCAGGCCAUGUUUAGACUUUGGCGACUGACGAAAAGAACAGGAUGUCCUUUUCUUGCACCAGUAAAACGGCUGACAUAUUAAGCACCGUAGGAAAGGCAUUUAUGUGACGACCCAUCAUGGCAUUGUCUCCCCGUCACGUGCCAAGAUACUGAAUUGCACUGUUCUUGUGCAGUAUACAAACAAAAGCUGUGUUGUCACUUCAACAUGUUUCAUGUGGUGGUGGUUGUCAGACCCAAAUAAAAAAAAAAAAGACCCUAAAUGCCUCGAAACUGAAACUCCAUCAAGCAGUAUGUAUGGUGGCAGUGGUGCAGGAACUUGACACCCUUUGUAUCAGCCAACUGAAUUUCAUGCUCGGGCUUCAUUUUAACACUUCAUAUAGAAUUCCUUGUGUGUUCUUGUUUUGUAUUCUCUGUACAUAGAAGAAGGUAUAGAGAUAAAAGAGGUAGCUGUAAUGUAUCAUACCAGUUUUAUUAAAGGCAUUGUACAAAAGAG